UGGGUGUCUGAUAUUCACCAUUGGACAACAUUAAACUGUUGUUUGAUCACUUAAAAAGAGAAACUUGGUUUGUUGCUAAAGAGAACAAAACUUGUAUCAGAAGCAUGAAACAAAAGCACCAUUGAGUAAUGCGGCUGUGUGCCAGGGGAACCGUAACGUGCAAUUCAUGUCAGAUUUUGUCGUUUUGAGAGCACUGAGCAUAAGAGUUUGCCAGGGACAUGUACAUCUUAAAUGUACUGCACGGAGACAAUUCACACACUCACAUGUUCUGCGACUGGGAAACAUUCAAUCUAUAUGAUUGCAAUUUGUAUAUAGUCACUCCAAACCCAUUUGGUAUCCUCAAGAAGCCAUAGAACUUUGUGUUCAAUCCAAUCUCUUUUGGCUUUCUUCCUGGCUUCUACCAUGGCAGCUCUCAUUCUGCUCAUACCCAUCCUCUUAAUACUGACCAUAUACAAGAUAUAUAGCUUUUUAAGCCCUACAUAUACCAAGCAGAUUAUGCAAAAGCAAGGCAUACUUGGGCCCAAUCCAAAGUUUCUGCUGGGAAACCUGCUUGAAAUGAAGAAAAUCAUUGCAAAUGCAUCCAACAAGCAUUUUUCUGCUGCACCUCACAACUUGGAACACCGUUUCUUCCCAUCAUUUGUAGAAUGGAAGAAAGCAUAUGGGAAGAAUUUCGUGUACUGGCUUGGGAGUGAAGCAGUGUUGUAUGUUCAAGAACCAGAGCUUAUACAGGAGAUAAGUUCAUCAGGGUCAUUCAAUUGGGGGAGGCCAGCUUUCCUGAAAAAUGACAGAUUUCCUCUUUUUGGUAAUGGGCUUAUCAUGGCAGAAGAUCAGGAUUGGCUUCACCAACGUCGGAUUAUUGGGCAGGCUCUCACAGCUGAAAAAGUUAAGGGGUAUUUUGGCUUAGUGAUGGAGGCGUCUCUGCCCAUAUUGAAUGACUGGGCCAUGAGAAUAAUGCAGAGUGGCCAAAUUAGCUUAGAAAUUGAAGUUGAUGGAGAGCUGGAUAAGAUCACUGGCCAUGUUAUCUCCAAAUUGUUAUUUGGGAGUAGCUACAAGAAAGGCUUUGAAAUACUUGAUAAGCUCAAAGUUCUUCAACAUGCCUUAUUUAAAGCAACAAGAUUCGUAGGAGUCCCCGGAAGCAGUUUUAUACCUUGGGGUGGAAAUAAAAAAGUUUGGAUGUUGGGCAAGGAGGCCGAUUUUCUAACAUUGCAAAUCAUCAAAGCACGCCUAGAAUGUAACACCAAAGGAUUGGGUGAUGAUUUGCUGGGGCUCAUGUUGCUAGAACUCAAUCAGGUCAAGGGGUUAACUCUGCAAGAUAUUGUGGACCAAUGCAAAACUUUGUUGAUAGCAGGGCAGGAGACAAGCAAACUGUCAUUAACCUGGACACUAAUGUUAUUAGCCCUCAAUCCCCAUUGGCAAGUCAGAGUUCGAGCUGAGGUCGUGGAGAUCACCAAAGGAGUUCAUCCAGACAUCAACAUGCUCUCCAAAAUGAAAAUUAUGGCAAUGGUUCUAAAUGAGUCAAUGAGGCUGUAUCCCCCAGUUUCUUACACUGUCAGACAGGCCAAGCAAGACAUGCAGGUGGGUAAUACAGAGAUCCCCAAAGGGAUGUCUGUGUUGAUAAAUAUACUGGGAAUGCAUGAAGAUCCUCAUGUAUGGGGAACAGAGGAUGUCUAUGAAUUCAAACCAGAACGCUUCUCCAAUGGAGAAAAUAACAAGAGAAAUGGUGGAUAUAUUCCAUUUGGAUUUGGAGGGAGAAUUUGUCCAGGAGAGAAGUUGGCCCGCAUGGAACAGAAGGCAAUACUAAGCCUGAUAGUAUCCAGAUUUUCCUUCACCAUAUCCCCAAAUUAUACUCAUUCUCCAAAAUCUUUAUUGAGCAUUAUGCCCUCUAAUGGAAUGCAGCUUAUUUUUACCCCGCUCUAGCUUCCCCUGCAUAUUAUUCUGCUCUCUAAUAUAAUUUGCACCGACAUUCCUGAUCAGUCCUCCUAUGCAGUACAAGGAGCUUAAUGUAAAAAAAUCUUGUAUUUACUGUAGUAAAGUUUAUCUUAGUUGGUAAUAAAUGUAACAGUGUCUUUUCAGCC